UAUGCUGAUCUUCAGCUUACAAGCUUCGUAAAUAUAUCCACUAUCCAUCUAUCCACCUAUCCGCUUAUCCACUAUUUUCCCCCAGCUCGAUCCGACUGAAACAUGGUCGACUUUAUCCCGUUGUCUAAAACAAGUUCCUUGCGCUGCCGCAACAAGUGUUGGUUAUGUUACGUUAAAUACAAUACAAUACCUACAACACAGUACAACAUAAUACUUACAGGCAUAAUACUUACGGGCAGUACUUUGCAAGUUAAGCGGGAAACCAGAUGGACGAGGACAUUCUUAUAAAGCCUAGAUGAUGACAUCGACGUCCGUAAUGGCCUUAACCAUAAAGAACCUCAACUCCGAUGCCUCGUUUCUCCUAUCCUUCGAACCUCUCAUCCCCGAAUUCGCACAGCAUCUCGUGGCGCCGAAGCCGUUUACAGUUCUCUUGGAUCCUUGGAUAACUGGUCCCUCUAAGGUCUUUCACUCUAAGAUCUCAAUUACAACUCACUUACACCCCGCGUGCGUAUCUUCACUCGCGGAGCUCCCCUCCCCGCCGGACCUCGUUAUUAUCAGUCAGCAUAAAACCGACCACUGCAAUGAAGCUACACUACGGCAGCUUCCCGCAAGAGGCUCAAAUACCAUCAUCCUUGCUGAACCGGCGGCGGCACGCAUAAUCAAGAGUUGGAAGUAUUUCGACCAGGAUAAGGUCCGGACGAUAGAACGAUGGGAGGACCCGAGGUUAACAGGGAAGCAAUCGGUCGUGAAAAUUCCUGUCCCGUCCGUAAUGCCCGGUGGUAAAGCAGGUGAGAUCACCGUCGGUUUCAUACCACAGAAACGCGACCUAGCUGGUUUGCACGGUGCCAUCGGCAUAACAUAUCGGCCCCCACCGACGCACGACUUACCACUUGGUAUUCCCACCAUAUCGAAACCGCCUUCGCCACCUGCUACCCCGAAUACGCCUUCUACGCCACGUUCAAACACGACGACACCUACGAAUAUCACAUCAGCCUCUAGCCCGUUCCUCCUCCCGCCCUCUCCACCCGUAUCGCCACACUCUCUACGCUCCGUCCAGUCCGCAUCGACUCUCUUCCCCUCGUCACCGCGCUCGGGUCCAAACCCUUCUUCCCUCCCGCGAUCCGUCUCCCAAAACCACCUCAGCCCCAUCAUCACCACCAUCAGCACCAUCACGUCCACGUCCACGUCCACGUCCACGUCCACGUCCACGGGUACGGUCCGUCCUAUCUCGGUGCUCUUCUCGCCCCACGGCAUCUCGUACGCCGACGUCGCGCCGUACGUGACGUCCCACCUCGUCGCCGAGGCGGCGCUCCCGCUCACUGCCCUCCUUCACUGCAUGGACAGCGUCUCUAACCCCUGGUGGCUCGGCGGCAACAUCUCCGCCGGAGUCCCCGCCGGGGCCGAGAUCGCCACGCGCCUCGGCGCCCGCGUCUGGCUCAGCGCGCAUGACGGCGAGAAGGAGGUCCGCGGCCUGGCGACGGGGUUGCUGAAGACGAGGCGCUGGCGACGGGAAGAGGUCGAGGGCGCUUUGGACGCGCGCGAGGAGACGAGGUCGAGCAACGGGUCGGAGAAGCUAGGUCAUGCGCGCAAGUGUAGUAGCGGCAGCGGCGGCGGUAUCGCGACGGAAGUCAUGCGCCUCGGCAGCGGCGAGGAGGUAGUGGUUUCUGGAAAUGGCUCGCUGUGGUGCUUACCGGAGAGUACGGCGGCCGCUGCGGACCAAUGGGUCGUUAGGGACGCUAAGGCCCGGCAGAAUGUUAGGGUCAAAAGCCAGUGUAGUCUGAGACCACCGAUUCAUGUGUCGGCUAGGAAAGAAGAAGUGUCUGGUGGUGGUGGUGGCGGUCUGAAGACUAAGAGGUCCUUCAGGGGCGUUUUUCCUAGGUUCAGGUCGGUGACUACUCCUACCUAAAGAAGGGAAACAAAAAAAACUCCUAACGGGUUUCUCUCUCUCUCGCUCGGUCUUUUGUUUGUUGUUUCUUAUGUUAAAGGGGAUAUGUAGGUUCAUAUUGGGUUCUAGCGCGUUUUAGGUGGUGGAUGUGUUUGUUUUAUUUUUUCUUUCAAGUGAUACCAAGGGCAAGACAAAAUUGGCUGCAAGUGAUAUUUGUUAAUCUGGCGGACAAGAUUCUACAGGUUGCAUCGUCAUUUUG